AUGUGUCCUUCAAGUCCCUUGUAUCCAGAUGUUCUGACACUGGCAAUGGCCGAGAUCGACUGCCUAAAAGCAACCAUUGAGACUCAGUCCCAGCACGUCUGUUCCUUGGAAGCUGAACUGAACCAGCAGCAGCAACAUAACCAGUCCCAGUCCCAGCACAUUUGUUCCUCCUUGGAAGCUGAACUGGUCCAGCAGCACCAACAUCACCAGUCCCAGAUUGACACACAGCGCCGCCAAUAUCAGACCCAACUGGUUACUCAACACCUGCAGUUUCUUCAGCACCAAAGCGAGCUCCAAGAGAUUCAAGCACAACAGCACCGCGAUAGCCAGGCCCACAUUGAAGCAAUGCCAGCCCAAACCUUGUCUCUUUAUGAUCAACUUGCACAGCUUCGAAGCACACCCAGUCCCUCUGCUACAGAUUUCAGCACUUCAGAUAGUGGCUCUGGCGAAGCUUACGCAACAGGCAUUCCUGUUUGCCCUUCUCCAUCCACACCGGCACACCGUCUGCUCCUGUGCCCACCAGCUCAGGCAACAGCAUCGAUGCAGCCUCUGGCGCACCACAGUCACUGA